CUUUCGUCUCUCUCUCACGUCUUCAAUUUGCUAAUAACAGGUUUGUUUGAAUCUCUCUCUCUCUUUACCUUUUAUAUGAUUUAUGUUUUUGGAUUCUCAUUGUGCCUUAUUUGAUACAAUAGGUUUAGGCUAUUGUUGUACAUUGUAGAUUCAUCAGUGAGACUUGUUCUGUUUUUGGUCUCGUUGAUUCCUUUGAUAGUGCAAUCCACAUUACGAACAUAGAUUCGAAGUCUCUGUCUUUUAUGCUUGAUUUUAGAUAUCUAAUAAGACAAGAGAGUUUGGUUAUAAAUUGAAUGUCUUUGCUUUCAAAAAUGUUAUUUUUUUAACAAUGUCGUUAUGUUUAUACAGUCAUGGCAGGAAUGGCGUCUGAAGGAACUCAAUAUGAUCCACGUCAGUUUGAUACCAAGAUGAACGCCAUACUCGGUGAGGAAGGACAGGAAACUUUCUACACCACCUAUGACGAAGUCUGCGAUAGCUUUGAUACCAUGGAACUCAGGUCUGAUCUUCUCCGGGGUAUCUACGCCUAUGGUUUUGAGAAGCCUUCUGCUAUUCAACAGAGAGGAAUCAUCCCAUUCUGCAAGGGCCUCGACGUGAUCCAGCAAGCUCAAUCCGGAACCGGCAAGACCGCCACCUUCUGCUCCGGCGUCCUCCAGCAGCUCGACUACACUCUCCUCCAGUGCCAAGCUCUUGUUCUAGCACCUACAAGAGAGCUAGCUCAGCAGAUUGAAAAGGUCAUGAGAGCUCUCGGCGACUACCUCGGCGUCAAGGUCCACGCGUGUGUCGGCGGAACAAGCGUCCGUGAGGAUCAACGUAUCCUCCAGUAUGGUGUCCACGUCGUUGUUGGCACACCUGGUCGCGUCUUCGACAUGCUCCGCAGGCAGUCUCUCCGCGCAGACGCCAUCAAGAUGUUUGUUCUCGACGAAGCUGAUGAGAUGCUCUCUCGCGGCUUCAAGGAUCAGAUUUACGACAUCUUCCAGCUUCUCCCUUCCAAGGUCCAGGUUGGCGUCUUCUCAGCCACGAUGCCGCCUGAAGCGCUUGAGAUCACGAGGAAGUUUAUGAGCAAACCGGUGAGGAUUCUCGUCAAGCGCGACGAGCUAACUCUCGAAGGUAUCAAGCAGUUUUACGUCAACGUUGAUAAAGAAGAGUGGAAGCUGGAGACGUUAUGUGAUCUCUACGAGACGCUGGCUAUCACUCAGAGUGUUAUCUUUGUGAACACUAGGCGUAAGGUUGAUUGGUUGACUGAUAAAAUGAGGAGCCGUGACCAUACGGUGUCGGCGACGCAUGGAGAUAUGGAUCAGAACACGAGAGACAUCAUCAUGAGAGAGUUUAGGUCGGGAUCUUCUCGCGUGCUGAUAACCACUGAUCUUCUUGCGCGUGGUAUAGAUGUUCAGCAGGUGUCUCUGGUGAUUAACUUUGACCUGCCGACGCAGCCGGAGAAUUACCUUCACCGUAUCGGAAGGAGUGGGAGGUUUGGGAGGAAGGGAGUGGCGAUUAACUUUAUGACGACGGAUGAUGAGAGGAUGAUGUCUGAUAUUCAGAAGUUUUACAAUGUGGUUGUCGAGGAGUUGCCUAACAAUGUUGCUGAUCUUCUCUAGAGUCUUUUUUACUGUUGCGGCGGCUUGGUAAUUUCUCUUCUUUUUUACCGAGGAGCUGCUGAUUUUUACCCUCCUUUUUUGGCAACAUGAGAUGAGUUUUUCUUCUGUUUUGUUGACAAAGAUUUUCCGUUUAAUGUUAUGACUUCUUUGUUAACUUGACUCACAAGGAUAGUCUAGGUUUACUUAUUUCUCUAGUAUUUCACCAUUUCAUAGAUAAUUGUUAUA